AUGAAAGAAACAUUCAACUUUGGAAACGACUACUCCGACGUGUUCUUACACACGCAGCACACGCUCCCCCAGAGCCACGUUCAGAACGCGGCCAAGCCCCUCGAAGGCUACCCCCGUCUGCAAGAGCUUCACCGUCUCAAGGCAGAGCAAGUAGCCCUCUCUGCAUGCAAGCGUUUCGGCUCUCGCACUCCUCAGCCUCAGAUCCAGCCCAAACUCGAAGAGUGGGUCAAGCAGGGCCUGGAAUUUGACGUAGUGAUGGUAGGGGGCUGUCCCGGCGACUCCAACCAGUGCAGCCUUGGAAACGGAGUCCGAUUGCCCACCAGAGACGAGCUGAAGGGUCUGCCGAUUGGCAAGCUCACUCCACGGCCCAGUAUUGCGUUUCUGUGGGUCCCAGGCUCGCAGGUUGACAUGGGUCGCAAAGUCAUGGAGUCCUGGGGUUUCCGAAGGUCCGAAGAUGUGGUGUUUUUCCCGUCAUCCAUGUCCUCCGUGUACUACCCUCCCAGGGCUGAGUCCCUCAGCGAGUCCUGCCCCAUCCCCAUUGUACAGGCGUCCACCUGGCACUGCAUUAUGGGAUUGAAGGGCACGGUGCGACGCAGUGAAGACGUGCAUCUAAUCAACUGCAACGUGGACACAGACGUGAUUGUGGAGUCGCCCGACCAUGUCAUCCAGGGCAUUGUUCCGCAGUCGAUUUUCCAGGUGAUUGAGAACUUUGCGCUCAUGAACCGACGAUUGCACAUUGUGCCCAUCUGUCAGAAACAAGCUGAAAAGCCCCUGCCUGUCAUGACUCGCCCGGGGUGGGUAAUUCUUUCUCCCGACGUGCUUCUGAACAACUUCAGCCCGAAGGAAUACAACGAGGAGAUUGCCAAAGUCGGCAAGCUGGUCAGUAUCACGGAAGAGAUUGACAAGUUGCGUCCCAAGAGUCCCAAGAACGAGUAA